UCCGGCAUCAGCUAGUAGAUCACAGGAUUGAUUUCAACCAGAAAAAAAAGCAAGAUACAUAUGACAUUGUUCAAGAACACGGACGGUGCUUUGUAUAUGUACAGUUAGGUAGACUCGGGAUACUGUCCUGGUACAAUUAUUACCACAGGCGGUACGAUAUAAAUAAUAUCUGUGACGCUCAGACGUGCUGGUGGUACAAUUGGCGACAGCGAAAAUAGCAUAUGAAUUACGUGGAAGGAGGGUGGAUGAGCCAAAGGAUGUUGGCGUCGUCAAGGAGAGUGUAAGGUAAAGUCGCGGUCACCGACAUCUGAUCGUGAGGACACGACCAGUGCGGACACGGAUGGGUUGGGUUAAAUGUUCGGUCAAAUGAUCUUGUCCUCGUCUUCUCGCAAGCACCAUCAAUCAGGCUAGAGCGUGAUAACAGGCGUCGUGCGCUGCUCCGACGAGUUGUGGAGGGCGAAGUAUGUCGCGCAUGUCAUCGGUGCAGACGGAAGCGCUGUGGCAGCAGUGGAGGCCGGAGACGCCUUCGCAGCUGGGUCCGCACGACGAGGCGAUGUCGACACCCGCCGUUUACGAGCUGGUGCUGAACCCGCGACAAGAUCGGGGAUGACACCGAACUGCUCCCAAGCAGGCAGGUAGACGCGGCUCGUUCGAGCAGUGGUCGGAGGGGCCGCAUGGAUAACUGGUUUCUUGUCGCCCGGGGAGAGAACAAAGUCGGGAACAGGGGGAACAGGGGGUGGAGGGGAGAACGAAAGCGUCGGACUCGCCGGGGGAGAUCGGUAGGGUACGGCAUAUGAUAGAGUACGCUUAGCCGGGCGCCGGAAAUUGGGAUCCGAGGGUGAUGGGGGCGCAGUUGUCCUUGGCGUGCUCGGUGCAGAGCGGACCGGCCUCGAGACGGGUGCGCUCCUAACACCAGAAACAUUUCGGAGCUCUCCACAAGAGCGCAUAGCAGUGAGUGAGCGCUUAGAUUCGACAGGGAGCUGCUGUCGUGUGGUCGAGUUGUUUUGGAGGCUCAAGCGGGAGGGUCGGGGAGGAUGCCUUCGGGGAGCAGGGAGAGGUGAUAAAACUACAUCGGGGGAGGGACUGCGUGGAGGAGGAGAGUCGGGUCUGCGACAAAAGUUCAUGAGUGUGAGCGAGGUGGGGAGAAAAGCGGAGAAAUAGAACAAAGGACCCACAGGCGCAGCUAAUUUGCGGAAGUUGCCGAAGCGGCGUCUUUGACUUCCCAGGCUCGAAUUGACUCUUCUUCAGCUUGUUUCUGUCAGCCAGCCUGCUUCUGCUUCUACGACUUCGAAAGACCUCGUUCUUUUGCAGGGCGGAAAAUGCAACAUAUCGUCCCACCCUUUUCGUGGAGCUCUGGGGAUUUGCGAUUUCCCCAUCGUGGGAGGAUCUGUUCGUCCUCUGCCUAGUGGCUCGCGGCUGACAGGACAAUGGCACGCGGACUUGCCACCCGGCCUGCCGCAUUACUUCGAACUCGCGCUCGUUUCGCGCCAUUGUUCUAUGGACACAGACGUCAGCUUGGAAACGAGUCACUGGAAACGCAUUAUUUUCUUAAUUUGACGCGCCUCGUGCCUUGCCGCAUGGCUCGCGGAAUCGGGCUCAGGAAGCGAAAAGAGUCACUCGCAAGUCACCAAGAUUUCAUGUCGAAACGCACGCGGCCCCAGCUGCUCACGACCGUCAGACCCGCUGACCCAACCCAAACUUCAUGGAGAUAAGGCCAGGUAAAUGACCGAGAUCCACAAUCUUUAUCAAACAUGGGACACAGCCCCAAGCGCUACACGGUCUGUUCAGCCGGCUCAAACGCACUGCCGAUGUCGUCAAGUGGAUUGUGCGCCGACGGUGUUCCUGAGGAAUUGCUGAGAUAUCCUCACUGGUAAGUGCUGUGCCAGAUUGAAAUCCUGCCAGGCCAGUGAUAGAUGCCACCUCUCGUCUCCAUUGAGCAUUCAAAUGUUUGAAAUUGGUUACAUAAUGUAUCUGCGAAUUUGCUUCGCUGGGACCCACUACGGGACAAGGCGUGGUGAUGGGCACGGCAUGUUUGAUGACAUGCAUCCCGGACCAUCACCAAUGCUGACUGUCAAUCGGCCAGUCCGAUAUCACGCCAGUGGUCAGUGUCCCCAUCCAUCAUCGACUCUGGCAUCGCACUCAGACCCGCAGGCACCAGGGGAUCGUCGACGGUCCCGCGACGAGAUAGUUGAUUUUCAAUUCCACCAGUCUGUCGAGGCUCCAGGCACGGUGUAGUAGUAGAGACUUGCCCCAGGCUAGUCCCGAAACAUGUCGGGCUUGACGUCGCGCAAGCCGGGUAGAUCGGAAGACGUCCCAGUACCAAGCGAUUCGAGAAUUAGCGAGCUGCUUCCUAUAGGUGGGUAGCAAACCCAUAUUGCCCGGUUCCGAGCGUAGGUAGCUCUAGACCCACAGGCUGGGUAGAUUCGAUUAACCAUAGAAACUACCCGGCGAAAACACCUGCCCCAGAUUCAGAGGUAAACGGAAGUCGUUCCGCUGUUGCUGGCCACUGCGUCCCAGGCGAUAGACAGGCGCCGUUUUUUCGACCGGCGCAGAGGAUGCGCGAAGGCUUCAGCAUGAGAUCCACUGACAGCAUGUAGGCCAAAGGUAGUGCUCCGAAGAGCCAAGCACGGACUACAUGUCCGAGAGACGCCCUAGUAGAGUUGUGCGAGAUUACGAUGGUGCGCCAUGGGGGUCCCCAUUUGGCGAAAAGCAUCUGCAAUUGGAGCAUAUCGUCAGCCUUGAAGCUUGAUCUCAGCCAGAGGCAUCUGACAGCCCCAGGGUCGCAACGUUCGUGCUCGAUAUCUGAUAAUGCAUUGUCACGAGAUGAGCUUCGCAUCAGGACAAUUGGAACUAAUCCUUAAAGACCGACGGCGGAGAAGAGCACCACCGACUCCCGCCGUCUAUCGCCGACUAUAACAGCAAAAGGCUUGACUUUCAAGAAAAGCUUGGGCCCAUAUAUGCGAAGAUAGCAUCAGCCGACCAACGUGGACGACAGCGAAAUCCUGUCUUUGUAGACGUGGCGAUAUUCCUGAUAAUGAAUUAGGGAUUACUUAAACAACUAGGUUGAAGUACCUCGAAGAGUAUGGGCAGAGCUUCUUCAGCUUAACGAUAUUAGCACUCCGAGGACUGCUGGAAUACACAAUCAAUUCUCCGCAAGCAUAAUCCGCGAAAGUUGCGGGGUCGUCGGCCGGUUCCCUGGAAUCGAAAGCUUCAGGUCGACCCAAAGAAGCAAUGCGAGGUUGGGGAUUUGGAACUAGGACUCAUGCGCCUAUCUUUAGUCACACGGUGGCAUCCACUGGUGGCUAGCGCUCAGUACUCAGUACUAGCGCCGAUUAGUAACAUGAGUGAAGCAUCUGUCGUAAACCCUAACCUCGAGGGGGAAUAAUGCUGUAGCUUCCUCGCAUCGAUGUCAGUCUCGAUACGCAAAGCAGUCGCAGAAGAUGCAUCCUCGUUAUCACACAUUUGCCUUGUCACGGCGGAUGCAGGGCAAUCUGCGGAGACCCUGCACGAUCACGCCGAGCUGCCUGGUUUGGUGUUCGCAGUCCCCUACGUGCAUCUUCCGACAACGUGGGCGUUCGUCUUGACCGACAGUGCGAGAAAUGAUCCGGUCGUGGGAUACAUCGUGGGCUCUACAGACACGCGGGCGUUUGAAGCGAACGCAAAACAAGAUUGGUGGCCGCCACUCGCAGACAAAUACCCCCCAUCGGACAUGGUGCGCGAAGCAGACAAGCGUUACGCGAAUCUCUUGAGAAACAUGUUCGUUGCGGACGACGGAAAUAUCAAGUUUUCGCCUGCGCACUUGCAUAUCAAUAUCUUGAAGGAGUAUCAAGGAAAGGGAUGGGGCCGCAAACUAAUUCAGAGAGCCGUAGACCAUCUGAAGGGAGAAGGAUUGAAAGCUGUGUGGCUUGGGAUGGAUCCGAGAAACUUGGAAGCGCGGAAGUUCUAUCUGCGUGUGGGGUUCAUGCAGUUUGAAGGCGCUUCAGAGCACGCUCUCGGGAUGGCUUUCGAGAAAGAUGUAAUUUGAUCAAACAUAUACAAAGUCAACUACCAAUGUCUCCUCCAUACCGCGAACAGGACCCUGCCAGGGACGCGUUUCGAAAUUCCAACGCCUCUGCAAACAAUCCCGCCGACUCUGCUGCGAACAACUCUAAUAUUUCAAGCUCUGAUCCGACGAGAAACGUCCCGCUACAUCGAGAAGCUUCACCUCAACCGCGAUAUCCUGCAACACAAACUACCCUUCGCUCAGGAUCCAUUGAAUGGAAUGUUCCCACAUAUGAUGAAAACAGGGCUGGGCGAGUCGGCGAUACGGACAGCAUUGAAUUUCCGAUACGGCGAACCACGGCAAAUACCUUAUCCCCGUUCGACAGUGACGCGGACCUUCGUGGCGGCUCGCGGGAUACCCUCAUAGACGACGCAUACGAACCUGCUCGGAAGCUCUCUUUCUCGUCCUACCAACAUCCUUACGACAUCCCCCCUCCCGCAAAUGCUUACUCUGGUGCCCCUCAGAACCUGCAACCUCGCUCUUCUAUUCGCCAAAGUGUCAGCUUCUCUGAGAAACCGCAAGUCCUCGAGUAUGAUGAAGAAGCUCAGAUAGACGCAGAAGAUGAUCGCGCCCUCAAACGUCGCGGGGUGCUUUCCAACAUGCUCGACCUGUACGCACUGCAAAUGGACUUGGACCCUGCAACUGGAAAACCUUUCGAAGAGUCGGCUCAACCCCCCAUCAAACUGCCUCAACGAUACACCCCGCGGGCCAAGAUCAGACGCAUGGACUCGGAUGCCUCAGACCAUUCGGAUAUUCUCGACCCCGACGACCCUCGCGUCACGGGCGUGACCGCUCAAAAUCUCGAGGACCCGGCAGAUAUCGACAAAAAUGUACUUCGGCUUAUGGACUACAAGUCACGUCGCAAGCAUCUCAUGCGAGCCAAGAUUGAGUUCAAUGUAACCUCCAUGAUCAAUAGACAGGAUUUCCUCCUGAAACUCGCUCGCUCGCUUAUGACUUUCGGUGCCCCCUCCCACCGCAUCGAGUCCCAGCUGAAGUCGGCCGCCCGUAUCCUCGAAGUCGAGAGCGAAUUUAUUCAUCUUCCUGGUGUCAUCAUCUGCUCGUUUGGAGAUCAAGAGCUCGGCUGUUCGGAAACUCAUUUUAUCAAGUGUGGCGGCAGACUUUCUCUGGGGGCUCUUCACAAAGUUCACGUGAUCUACCGCACUGUCGUGCACGACGAAAUUAGUGCCAAAGAUGCGGCCGAGCACUUGGAGGACCUGCUCCAUCAGCCUCCGCUCUACAGCAUCUGGUUCCGAUGCUUUCUUGGCUUCUGGCUGUCUCUUUUGAUCUGCCCCUUGGCAUUCGGUGGCUCGUUUCUCGAUAUGUGGAUUGCCGGUAGUGGUGCAUUCGUCCUGUCGUAUCUCCAGCUCUGUGCGGCAACGAAGAGUGCGAUGUAUGCCAAUGUAUUCGAAAUCACGAUCGCGAUCUUUGUGUCCUUCCUGGCCCGUGGCCUGAGCAGCAUUCCAGGUCAUGUGUUCUGCUACACUGCCAUCUCUUCAGCCGGCAUCAUCGGCAUUCUGCCUGGUUAUCUGAUAUUGAGUAGUUCAUUGGAGUUGGCAUCGAAGAACAUCGUCUGCGGUAGUGUAAAGAUGGUCUAUGCGCUUAUCUACACGCUCUUCUUGAUCGCGCAGGGUUUCGGCCUUCAAAUCGGGUCUGAUUUCUACCUGCUUCUCGAUCCUUCGGCUCGAAGAGCGCUCUACGAUCUUGCUGCGACCCUGAACACUGCGACGACGCUGUCCGGUUCUUGGCUGGCAGAUAACAACACUGCGAAUUCGACGGUACCGCAAAACGGGACCUGGACGUUCGUCAGCGUCAUCUCGCCGCAUUCGGAAGAUCUGAUCGAAGGAUGCUUUCGGCCUCGGUCAUUCCCGUGGUAUCUGCAGCCGUUUCCGCCGUGGUGUGCGGUAUUCAUCGUCCCGAUCUUCUCGCUGCUGUCGUCCCUCGCAAACCUACAACCAUGGAGAAGCAGACAACUCCCUGUGAUGGUUUUUAUCUCGUGCUGCUCGUAUGCGACCAACAAGGUCGCGAACCACUAUAUCUUCAAUCGCUCAGAUGUUGUCUCUGCCAUUGGUGCUUUUACGAUCGGGUUGUUGGGCAACAUCUACUCGCGCAAGAUGGGCGGGACUGCAUUCACGUCUAUGGUCACUGGAGUCUUGUUUCUGGUGCCGUCCGGUCUUUCGCAGGCCGGGGGCAUCACGGCGAAUGGCAAUGGGAUCGACAUCGGUGGCGCGAUGAUCUCUGUUACCAUCGGCAUCACUGUCGGGCUCUUUAUGAGCCAGGCGCUGGUUUAUAUGUUCGGGCAACGUAAGAACGCGGCCGUGUUUUCUUUCUGA